UCUUCCACCCCAAGCAUUACUUGCAGAGAAAAUUAAAAAAUACAGCAUGGAAGAAAAGGCAGAGGAAGAAAAGAGUGAAAAGGAAGAGAAGACUAAAUUUUGUGCAAAUGAAAUUUCAUGUAAUGUAUCUGAGGGAGAGCUAGAGAAGCAAGAGUUUUCAUUCACACUGUACAACUUGGAUGGACACAAGAAUGUCACUAAGGAUGAUAUUGCAGGACUUGUUCGAUCUAUUCAUGACACCCUUGGAAAGUCAUUCAAGCUCCCUCCUUCUGGAAAUCAGACUAUCAAGGUCAGGCUAGCAAUCUCACCAGACUCUGAGAUAACAGAAGAAAAAGACAAUACAUUUCAUCAGUCUAAAACCACAAUAAAGAAAGAGCCAGAUAAUAUAAAAUUUACAGGAAAUGUAUCCAAACAAUGCAGUAACCACAGUGUUAAUACAUGUACCACUUAUCUGUCAUCCUCCUCAGGAGAGAGGGAAAAUCUAAGGGCCAAGUGCCAUGAUGUUUCAUUUGGAGUCAACAGCUUGCCAUCACAACCAUCAGAAACAAAACCAAAUGUGUGUUCUCCGGCUACUCCCAGGACCCAGCAAGGUGUUCGAUCUAGCUCAUUACAGAGACAAGACAUGAUGGAGAUGAUAAAGGAGAGUGUAGAAAAGAUUUGUUUGGAUUGUUCUGAGAAAAGCAAGAAACAAUAUUGUGAAAACAAGAAAAACAGUGGGGAGGAUCCUAGACAAAAACGUCGUCAUAGACAUCAUCGUAGCUGUAGAAAUUAUGUGCUUGAAUGUUGUGAUCGAUGUAAUCAUUAUUUGGACUUAGCUGGAAUUGGGAAACUACGAGACGACAAUCACUAUCCAUUUUCACACAGACUUUAUGACAAAAAUCAUCUCAGCCCAAGAUCACAACCUAACCAGGAGGUUACAGAAAAUCACUGCAAUAAAAAGUUCAACCACUGUAGUCAUCAAAGAUCAAAGUCUCAUGAUGCCAACACUGCAACUCGGCUGUCUCACAGCCACAUGUUUUCUGAUCAUAAAGAUGAUCUCAUGAACUUAAAUUUUGACCUUUGUGACUUGCUUCCUAAGGAAAAAUUUGACUGGGAGCGAAAGCUUCACCACAGGCGAUCUAAAUCAUUUGAUGUAUAUGACCAUUUACACUCAAACACAUGUUAUUCUCCUAAAGUCAAACCACGGGCAAAAGGUGGAUUAACUACUGCAGAGACAUCUCCAAACCAUCACCACAGGCACAGACACCGGGAACGAGACCGAAUGCGAAUUAUGCAACAAAUGAAUAACUGGUCAGAAAGAACAAACCUUGGAGUAUCUAAGGAAAAUACAAACAGUAAUCCUCACUCUUCACAUGUGGUAAUUCAAAGGCACGAACACCACCACUUUCAUGAACAUGUUCACCAUCAUUAUCAUCAUUACUUACCUUCCUAGCCUGUACUGUGCCAAUUAGGAAAGGGACCAUUUUUAAAUUUCCAAACAUCCUCUGUAUAGUGUCUAUUAUUAAAGUUAUAUAUUGCUUUUAAGCAGCUAUAUUCUCUUAAUGAUUUUCAGACAAGUUGUAAUUAGUUCUGUCAGCAACUUUCCUUGGUAAAAAACAACAAAAAAGAACUUGGAAUGAAUAAAUGAAUUUUUCCAAACUUGACUUCAAAAUUUGAUCUCCCUAGGAUAAACAGUGUUGCUUAAUACUGAUAAGACUGAAAAAUAACAGCCUGACCUGAAACAUGUUACUUUGAAAAUCUGUUGAAAUAUAUUAUUUUUUCCCUCAAAAACAGUGCCAGCCUUCAUGCAAUGUGUAAAUGGUAUCAUGCUUUGGGGACUCAUUAUUGUAUGAUUUAGUACAAUAUGCAAGUCCAGUUCAAUGUUCAUUAUUGCUGAUGUUAAAGUCUCGCAUAUGAUCUGAAUUGUCUUCUUGUUGGCAAUCCAUGACAUUCAGCCAUAGAUAAUAACCAUUUUUUAAAUAAUGUCUCUGUGGCAAUAAAAGUAAAGUCUUCAGUGGGUUUUGGUUCCCUUAUAGCAACACUUAGAUAUAUUUAGUAACUAUACAUUUGAUGCUUGAGAUUUACAUUGAAAAGCUAGAAAACUACAGAUUAAAUUAAUAACAAAGUGUCCUGCUAUACAUCUUAUUCUUUUUUUUGUCAAAUCAUUUCAAGUAAAUUAUUUCUUCUUACAAGAGAUUGCAGUUCAUUGCUAAUCAAACAGCCACUGAAGUUUAUUUAAAGUUGUGUUAUGGUGAAAAUAUUCACUGAUGGCCACUGACCAGGUAGUGAUUGAAAUGGCACAAUCUGUAUGAAUAUUAAGUUUGAUGAAUGUGUUCCAGCAAAUACAGGUCUUUGAAAGGUAAAAAAAAACAAUGUGAAGAAGAAAAUUAUUUAUCUGUGUUACAUCUUUUUCUUUAUCGAAAUUCCUUCAGUAAAAUACAAAAAUGUAUAGAACUAAAUAAGCCUUUUUUUUUUUUUCGGGUUGCCAAAUUUUCUGUUAACUUCUGUUAGAUUGUUACUUUGAGAUUACUUACCAUUAGGGGCAUUUAAAUGAUACCAGUAUAUCGAAAAUAAUUAUACCAAACUAUUUCACCACUAAUUAUUCAUAUUUUACUUUUAACAGGUUUAUUUUUCACUUAAUUCAAAGUUGUUGACAUAACUUGUUCUCAGAAUGGUUUUAAACUAUGACAAGGAAAAUCGCCUAUUAUUGGAUAUGCUUUAUAUAAAGAAAAAAGUAUAAUUUAUUAGAGAACAAAAAUUAAAAGUCCUCUGGUGGAUCAAUAGUAAGUUUUUAGGUUUGCAAUGCUAAAAUCUAGGGUUCAUUUUCCCUUGGUAGACAAGGCACAGAUAGUGCAAAGCUACACAAUGGGCUGAAAAAAAAAACAGUAACUGAAAAUUUGAAACAUCUAUUUUUCCUUUCAAUUUAACAUUAUUACAUAUCUUUAUCUUUAUAGAUUUGUAGACAGUUAUAUUAAUGUUAAUAUAAAAACACAAAGCAGUUUAAAGUGAGAUAUUGUAAAACUUAAUAUUUAUACCUAACUACUUCAGUACCUUACAAAAUUCUUCAUUAUUAGUGUAAUUUUUGAAAAUAUUAUCGACUAGUUAUCAAGGAUAGUAUGAUUAAAAUGACUUUUUUUAUAAUUCAACAUUUCUAUGAUAAAAUCACUUUUUAAUUUAAAGUGUAAAUAUCCUAUUUAUCAGAUUCAAGUAUGUAUAAUUAAUAAGUUGUUUUUAUAAACUUUUACUGAAAAAUCAUGAUAAAAGUGAAGUUGCCUACUCAUAGUAAAAAUAAAUAUUGUUCUUAAAGUUUACUACAAAUAAUUGUUGAUGAAAGUUAACUGCAGUAGUAGUAGUACCAGAGUUCCAUUAAAUAUUCAAGUACAUAAUUUUAAGUAAUAGUGGUAACAAAGAUUACGUAAAUUCAUAUUCAUUUAAUCAAACAAUAAUCCUAAAUUCUUUAACAAUGAAAAAUAUUCUUGAUUACUCAACUUUUUUUUUUAAAUAAAAGUUUGUAAAAUUAUUUUUGUAUGAUUGUAUUGGAAUACUAAAAGCACAAAUUGUGCACAUAAUAUAUAUGCAAGAUGAAGAAAGUUAAGUUUUACUCAAAAAUUUCUUGUAUUUGAGUAUUCAGGAUUGAAUAUGAAGUAAAAGGUUAAUAUAGUUCAACUUUAUAUAUAUAAUACUCUGCUGAUUUUUAUAAAUAGAAUUUGGGUUUAAUUUACACCAGGGUGAGUAAUGCAUUUCACCAAGUACAAAAGUUGCUUUUCUCAAGAAAAUAUUGAUAAAAAAUAGAUGCCCAAUGCUUUGAAUUUGUACUAAUAUCUAAUAUUUAUUGCCUUAUUGAAAUGUACAGUAUAUAUAUAUAUAUAUAUAUAUGCUCUCCAGAUAGUUGCUAUUGUUUGUGGUAUAAACUGUUGUGCAAAUUUCCUA